AUGUUUGCCUCGGAGUCCCCAUCAUCUUACGACAUAGACCGGGAGAAAUGCUACCGUGCCGUGCCAAUGCGGGUUCUUGUGUUGGGCUUAAGCCGAACCGGAACGGAAUCUGAACCCAUUUAUAUAGCACUUCGAAAGGCAUUAGUCCACUUGGGAUAUAAUGGCACAUACCAUGGUUAUGCAGCGGCUGUGGAGUACCCACGGGACUGCGAAUUGUGGCUUCGGGCUAUGCGGGCGAAGUAUGAUGGCACAGGAGCGCCGUUUGUCCGUGAGGACUGGGAUCUAUUGCUCGGUGAUUACCAGUUGGGUGUGAAGGCCGUGUGUGAUGUUCCUGCGGCAUGCUUUGCGGAGGAAUUGAUGGAUGCAUACCCAAACGCAAGGGUCAUCUUAACAAACCGUGAUACUGAUGCGUGGUUCGAGUCGGUCCAAAAAACACUUAUUGCUAAUGCUUUCACUCGACGGGCUUCCUUCAUCUCCUUUCUCGCCACGAUAACGCGUAGCCCAAACCGAUGGACGCGGCCAGUCAUGAUGUACGCAUUGUCUGACUUCUUUGGUGGCAGUUUCGAGAGAAAUGGAAGACAGGUUUACCAAGAACACUACGACCGUGUGCGAAAAAUGGCCGCCGAGAGAAAAAUGGAAUUGCUUGAAUAUGAGGUUACAGACGGGUGGGGUCCGCUGUGUAAGUUUCUGGGCCACGACAUGCCAGAGAAUCCGUUUCCUCGCGGCAAUGAUAAGCAGGAGGUGAAUACGCGAAUCAAAGAAAUGAUAAAUCGAGAAGUCCGGCGGCUGCUGCUGAUUUUUGCAGUGCUUCUCUCCUGCUUAUUGUUAAUUAUUUUGAUUGUUCUCUUGCUAGUUGGGCUAUAG